AUGACGCGCCCCGGCACGCGUCCGCACGCAGUCAACGAGAAGAUGAGCAGCGGCGAGGCGUCAACUGCCAGCUUCAUUGGCAAAGCCUCUGCCGUCAAUGAGGUCGAGCGCAUCGAUCUACGUAUCGUCGACCCUCAGGGCGGGUUGAAGGCGAACACACAGGCCGACGACGGGGAAGACGACGAUGUUCGUGUUCACGAGCUCUCAGCAAGGCUGGAGAUCAGGCUCGUCUACCAUCACGGCGUCGUCAAGAAGCACAACCUUCAUCUUCACGCGUCGCAGUUUCUCCGCGUUAUUGUCGACCCCGACUCUACUCCUUCCGGCUUCCAGAUCUCUGCCCGUGAGCUGAAAGACUGGCUGGAGCACUUCUCGAUCGCAUUUGGAGGCAGCUCCAACCCGAAUGGUGCCGUUAAGGGAGACAGUCAGCUUGCGUGGAGGUUUGGGCAGCAGGAAGUUCGUGUAAAGAACUUUGACAAUGGUCCUUCGUCCUCUCUGUCGACGGAGAUCAAGCUAAACGUCGGCGAGUUCAAGGAUUACGGAGUUUACCAUGACGACGGGGAUGUCGAUCUCGCCUUGCCCAUGCGCGAGUUUAAGUUCGUGAUGGAUCUCGACAUUCGAUUUUCGGAAGCGUCGCAACCCCUGACGCUGAGCUCGAUGUACAUUGGCGACGACCGAUACAACAAUGAGGCUACGCUGUUUGAAAUCUUUUGCGCCAUUGCCACCACCAAGUGCGACGCAUUCAACGAUCAGCCAACGCAGAAGAAGGAAGCUGCAGCGGCACCUCAGAGUACAUCAGCGUCCACUCGCCAGCCCUCCAUCGCCUCUAGCAGAGAGCGAACGGCCAGUGUGCAGGCCCCCGCAAACGGCAGCGUCGAUCCCAGAAGUCGACGCGCUUCCGCAACUCUCUUGCGUCCCAGCGGCUCAAACCGACCCUCGCGGCUGCGCGCCAGCCUGAGUAUGACAUCGGAGGCUCCACGUGCUGCUACGCAGGCGCAAGCCGACCCUGAACCGCUGUUCCAGUCUGGAGGAAGCCAGAGCAUCCGUCUGACGCAGGAGGAGGUGCUGGAGAUGGCGGGACUGAACUUUGAAGACAUGGACAUGGCCAUGGACGACGCGGAUCUGGAUGAUGAAGCGGGCGGCGGUGAUGACGGAGGUGCCGGCCACGCAGAGGACAACGAGGUGCCUUCUGGCUGGGACGACAUCAGUUUCGACAACCUCCCUGCCGAAAACAUGUCGACCCAGCGACAGCAAGCUCAGCAUGCCGCUCGAGCCGCUUCUCAGGCUAACAUCCCUGAGGCGCCUGAUCAUCCAGGAGGCGUCGAUGCGCUGCCCGAACGGACAGGGAGCGCGGCACAGGGCCAGUUUGAGCCCGACGACGACAUCUUUGGAAAUGACUCGGCCCAGAAUAUCAAGGCUGAGCCAGUUGGGGAGGAGGAGGAGGAGGAGGAGGAAUUGGAACCUGAUGAGUUGGACCCUACACAGGACUCUUCUGGUCGCAAGUUCACAUCGUUCUUCGCCGAUUAA